GUACCGGGCUUUAGCUCGGCCACACCAUGGCCCACGCUCGAAUUAGAAUGGGGCCGCAAGCUAUAUCCGUCGACCGGUCCACGUUCGGCGAGCGGCCUCAUGUUUGGUCUGCCACCAACGGCAGCGGAUAUGAAUCAGCCGCGCGGUCCCAUGACUUCGCUGAAGGAGGAGCCGUUAGGUGCGCGCGCCUGGAUGCAACCGGUCAUCGAUCAGAGCAACUUGGGCAUCGGCCGCGCACAUUUCGAAAAACAGCCACCGAGUAAUUUACGUAAAUCAAAUUUUUUCCAUUUUGUCAUUGCGCUGUACGAUCGUGCCGGUCAACCGAUUGAAAUUGAGCGCACAGCCUUUAUUGGCUUCAUUGAAAAGGAUUCCGAAUCGGAUGCGACUAAAACAAAUAAUGGCAUACAAUAUCGGCUGCAGCUGCUCUAUGCGAAUGGUGCGCGCCAAGAGCAAGACAUAUUUGUGCGACUCAUCGAUUCGGUGACAAAGCAGGCGAUUAUUUACGAAGGACAAGAUAAAAAUCCGGAAAUGUGUCGUGUUUUGUUAACGCAUGAGGUUAUGUGCAGUCGCUGUUGUGAUAAAAAAAGUUGUGGCAACCGCAAUGAGACACCAUCAGAUCCUGUCAUUAUUGAUCGGUUUUUUCUCAAAUUCUUUCUAAAAUGCAAUCAAAAUUGUCUGAAGAACGCCGGAAAUCCAAGAGAUAUGAGACGCUUUCAGGUUGUCAUCUCCACUCAAGUGACCGUUGAUGGCCCACUCUUAGCCAUAUCCGAUAACAUGUUCGUGCAUAACAAUUCGAAACAUGGACGCCGCGCUAAACGUUUGGAUACCACGGAAGGUACAGGAAACUCCUCCCUGUCCUUAACGGGUCACCCACUUGCGCCUGACAGUACCUAUGAUGGUCUUUAUCCACCAUUGCCCGUGGCCACGCCCUGCAUCAAAGCAAUUUCGCCCAGCGAGGGUUGGACUUCUGGCGGCGCCACAGUCAUUAUUGUGGGGGAUAAUUUCUUCGAUGGCCUCCAAGUGGUCUUCGGCACAAUGCUCGUUUGGAGCGAGCUAAUUACAUCGCAUGCCAUUCGGGUGCAAACACCACCACGACAUAUACCCGGUGUGGUGGAGGUGACUUUGUCAUAUAAGAGCAAGCAGUUUUGCAAGGGUUCGCCAGGACGAUUUGUUUAUGUUUCAGCCCUCAAUGAGCCUACCAUCGAUUAUGGUUUUCAGCGUCUACAAAAACUUAUACCACGUCAUCCUGGCGAUCCGGAAAAGUUGCAAAAGGAAAUCAUACUCAAGCGCGCUGCUGACUUAGUGGAAGCCUUGUAUUCAAUGCCAAGAUCUCCCGGUGGCUCCACCGGCUUCAACUCCUACACCGGUCAACUGGCCGUAAGUGUACAAGAUACUGCCGGCCAAUGGACCGAAGACGAUUAUCAGCGCGCACAAUCGAGCAGCGUGAGUCCACGUGGCGGCUAUUGCAGCAGCGCUUCUACGCCACACAGUUCGGGCGGUUCUUAUGGCGCUUCAGUGGCUGCUAAUGGUUAUGGUCCCACCACCAAUAUGGGAGUUAGUGGCCUCAGCUUCAAUCCCUUCACACUGCCGACGUGUAAUACCCAAGGCUAUGGGACAAGUCAGCUGGUGACGUCGACCAAAUAAAAUGCAAAUUGGUUUGCAAAUAUCUUGGAACAGCAAAUAUCAAAGAAACAUGCAUACAUAUUUACAUAAAACAUUUGAAGAACAGUUGCGAUUCGUAAAAAUAAAAAAUUUAAAUCAUAUUCAAAUAACAUAUCUUUUUGGUUAAGCUAAGCGUAAAAAACAUGAAAAAUAUGUAUGUAUUUAUUAUCGAAAGGCAAAAUAACAAAAUAUGUAUUUAUCGUUUUCUUCUAUAAUAGUUAAGCGUUAAUAGAUGCAUAAACAGUAAAUGUUUAAAUUUUAAUAUAUGUAUGUAUGUACAUAAGCAUGUAUUUAUUAGAAAAAAAUGUGUGUAAGAAAAAAAUUAUAUUAGUUAAAAAAUAAUAAUUAUAAAAAUAAAAACCAUAGACAUAUAUAACUAUAAUUUCGCGUGCAAUACAUUACUUAACAGAGAAAUACACUAGGAAGAGCAAGAUAAUACACAUACACAUACAUAUAUAGUAUAAAAAGCAUUCAAUUAGUAUUUAUAUUAAACAGUUUUUGUAUAUAAGCUUAUGAACUCGAAAACAAAAUAUAAGACAUUAAUAAAUAAGAAAAGAACACACAUAUGCAAUUGUAAAUAUCAGCAGCAACUCAUAUCAAACAUUUCUAAAUAAAAUAUAAAAUCAUUUCAAAAAAUAAUACAACCAUCAAUAAAAUAAAGUUUAACCAUUUAUAAUUAAAUUAUAUAACUCUUAUAACAAAACGAUGUAGAUAGUUAAUGAAUUUAGCAGAAUUUGUAUACGAAUUUUCCCUCAACUUUUACAGCAAAGAAAAAAAUCAAUACAACAUAAGCAGAAAUUAUAACAACUCAUAAUUGUUAGGCGGAUUGUACACAUUCAAAAACAAAAUACCUAAGCAUAUCUAGCAUUCACAUACACACUUACAUACAAUAGCUUAGCAUUAAAGAUUAGCCGACAUUUAGCAAGAUGUUUCUUCUUUUUAAAUAAAUAAAAAGGAGUUAAAAAGUAUGAAGAAAAACAAAACCGAUUAUUAGACAAUGAUAGUAACUUACUUGCAUGCAUAUAAGAAAAACUAAAUAAAAACAAACAAAAUUUGCAAAUUCUUAAUUGGCACACCACAAGCAAAAAAAUAAUUUAGAAAAUUGUGGUGAAAAUUUUUUUUCUUAAAAAUUGUUACAUUAUUAUUAAGCAGUUAACGCCUUUCUGAUGAUCAGGUUAAGCAAUGUUUACAUAAAAUUUUAUAUACAUACAUAUGAUUUUUUUUUAACGCAAGUUGCGAAAAUUUCCGUAUUUCCAUAUAAAGUGACUUAAACAUGUUUUCACAUGUUAGUUUUCUCAAAUACAUAUUCAAAAUGUUAUUAAAGUUAUUUUUUUUCAUAAAAAUUUUCUUCUUGCAUUAAGCAAAAUCAUGUAAAAAGUUGCACACUUUGCACAAAGCUUAAAAAAAAAAACAAAUUUACAUCAAAUUUUCGAAGUUCUUAAUCUGAUUACUAAUAUAAUUUAGAGAAAUUCCAAAAAUGUUCAUCAAA